AUGUCGGCGCCACUGCUGCUCUGGGUGGUUCUGCUGCGCUGGGCCAGCGGCGGGGGCUUCAUCCGGGCGGGCAGGACCUGGCAGCACUGCACAGACCUGCGCCCUCUGGACGUGCUGUCGGAGGCGGUGCCGGCCGGGGGGCUGGCCCGGGGCAUGCGGGUCCUGCAGGCGCAGGGGCUGCGAGGAUUGCAGCUCUCGGCAUCGCGGCCCCGAGCGCUGGCCUUCCCCGCCUCGAGGCUCUUCAUCCACUGCGACCGCUUCCCCGAGGAGUUCUCCAUCAUCGUCACCCUGCGGGUGCCAGCCCGUGCCCUCCCGCAGAGGAACGAGUACAUCUUCACGCUGAUGGGGGAGGAGAGCCCCGGCGUGCUGGUGGGGCUGCGCUACGCCCCCGACAAGCUGCACUUCCUCUUCUGGAGCCAGGAGCGCGCCGGGGGAUGGCAGAGCCGCGUCACCUUCCCCAACGUGUCCCUGUCCGACAGCCGCUGGCACACGCUCGUCCUGGCUGUGUCCGGACAGUCCUUCUCCCUGACGGUGGAUUGCAGCGUCCCCAAGGAUGUGGUGGUGGAGACCCCAUUUCCAGCCUCGCUGUCCGUGAGGAGAGCCAGCUUCUACCUGGGCAACAGGAGGAGGAGGAAAGGCCUGUUCACGGGCUUGCUGAGACAGCUUGUCCUGCUGCCAGGAGCUGAUGCCACCCCCCGGAUGUGCCACGGCUUGAACUUCAAAGUAGCAACGCUCUCUGUCCCCAGUGUCCUCCAGGAUGUGCCUGCGAAGGCAGUGAGCAACGAGGUGCUCAAAUACCCCUACGAGACUGACAUGAAGGUGACGCUGGGGGCCCGGCCCCGCUGCUCCAAGCAGGAGAAGGCUCAGUUCUGGUUCAACGCCUCCCAGAGAGGGCUCUACCUCUGCAACGGCAGCACCUGGCUCUCCAUGCUGGAAGUCCAACCCAGGCUGGACUACGUGGAGGAGCACCAGAAGCUGGUGACCAACUCGGAGACCAUGGGCAUUGAGGUGUUCACCAUCCCCAGGCUGGGGCUGUUUGCAGCCACGGCCAACCGGCUGACACCCCCCGGCUCAGCCAUCUACAGGUGGACUGACGGCAAGUUUGUGCACUACCAGAACAUCCCCACACACCAGGCACAGUCCUGCAAGUAUUUCACCAUUGGGAAGAAGAUCUUCCUGGCAGUGGCGAAUUUUGAGCAGAACGAGAGGGGCCAGGAGUUCUCAGUGAUUUUCAAGUGGAGCCGCAGGAAGGCGAAGUUCCUGGCGUACCAGAGGAUCAGCACGCACAGCGCCCGCGACUGGGAGGCCUUUGUCAUCCAGGGAGAGGCUUUCCUGGCUGUGGUCAACCACAGAGAAGGGAACAACCACAACAUAGACAGUGUGAUAUACAGGUGGAACCCCAGGACAGGGCUGUUUGAAACUAACCAGACCAUUCCUACCUCUGGAGCCUACGACUGGGAGUUCUUCACCAUUGGGCCAUAUUCCUUCCUGGCUGUAGCCAACACAUUCAAUGGCACGUCCACUAGGAUCUACUCACACAUCUACAUCUGGCUCAGGGGCUCCUUCCAGCUCUUCCAGUCUAUCCUGACAUUUGGUGCAGCUGACUGGGAGGUUUUCCACAUUGGGGACAGAGUGUUCCUGGCUGUUGCCAACAGCCACAGCUAUGACAGUGGGAUGCCAGCACCCUCCAACUUCUAUGCCAUCAACUCCUCCAUCUAUGAGCUGAACAUCACGGCCCAGAUGUUUGUUAAAUUCCAGGACCUUCUCACCUACAGUGCCCUGGACUGGGAGUUCUUCUCAGUGGGAGAUGACUCUUUCCUGGUGGUGGCCAACUCCUUCGAUGGCUUCACCUUCUCUGUCAACAGCAUCAUCUACAGGUGGCAAGGCUACGAGGGCUUCGUGGCCGCCCACCAGCUCCCCACGGUGGGCUGCAGAGACUGGGAGGCGUUCCACACCGCCGAGGGCUCCUUCCUGCUCUACUCCAGCGCCAAGGAGCCGCUCUCCAAGGUGCUCAAGCUGAAAACCACCUGAGGCAGCUGAGACACGCCCAGCCCAUCGGCGCAGAUGGA